GACGCAAUAGCCCUUCCCGGGAGCUCUGGGCCUAUCGAGUCUUCCCAGCUCCGAGUUCCUUGGUGAAGAGGCGGAGCAGGAGAGAUCCCUGUGUGCUCGGAUCCGUAGGGCGCUCGCUGAGCGGAACGAAGCGAUGGUUUAUAUUUCGAACGGACAAGUGUUGGAUAGCCGGAGUCGGGCUCCUUGGAGCUUGUCAUCUAUAACAGACUUCUUUUGGGGCAUAGCAGACUUUGUAGUUAUGUUUUUCCAGAGCAUUAUUCGCCCAGACUUGAGAAGGAGAGACAACGCAUCUUCUUCCUCUUCAAGAUAUGAUGAUGGAAAAGGGCCUCCAUGGUUUCCUCGUCGUAGAAUGGGUCGAAUAAAACACUUUGGUGGAGGUCCAAAUCCUCCACCAAUGGCUGGAGGUGGAUGAGGAAGGUAA